AUGUCCCUCGUCGCCCAAUUCCUCACCCAGAUCCGCCACUUCGUCUGCGCCCAGCAGGCCGACAGCCUCCGCUCCUGGCUGCAAGUCGACCCCGACUCCGCCGCCAGCUACCACGCCCUGGCCGCCGAGCUGCGCGCCCAGUCCGCCUCCGCCCCGGACAGCAUCGACACCCUCGUCGAGCACCACCUCCCCGUCCAGGACCCCGUCCAGGACCCCGUGCCCGACGGCCACGCCGCCGUGUGGCCCAGCUUCCAGGCCCUCAUGAAGGACUACCUCGUCCUGUGGCGCGACAUGAGCCGCGACAAUCUGCCUCGGACCCACGAGCUGCUGACCUCGCUUGUCAACUCGUGCGGCACGGCCUUUGCCCAUCCAACCUACGGGGCCAUGCUGCUCCAGACCAGCAUGUCGUUUUCCGUCACGCUUGCCCGCUUCACGCUCCGGCUCAGCAGGCGUCCCGACCUGGCGCGCAGGCUGCGGCCGGCGGACGAGGAGAGCGGCGGCAAGUCGGUCGCGGAGUCGUCGGCGGAGAUUAUCCAGAAAAUCUUCACGACGUGCUUGACGGACCGUUCGGUAGGGCGGGUGCCCGAGGGCAAAAAGGUUGGCGUGUACAUGUUUGCCAACUUGGUGUUGAAGCUGUUAUUUGCGUGUCAGAGGACGAAUCUCGCCAAGAUGAUCUUUGUCAACAUCUCCACCAUCUCCCCCCCCCUGUCCCUCUAUCCCGCCUCUCAGCGCGUCACCUUUCUCUACUACCUCGGGCGCUUCAACUUGGCCAACCAGCACUACCAGCGCGCAGCCCUGUGUCUGGAGCAGGCCUACCUCCAAACGCCGCCGCAGCUCGUCUCGCACCGCACCAACAUCCUCACCUACCUCAUCCCCUGCAACAUGCUCCUCGGCCGCUUCCCCUCCGACCUCCUGAUGCAGCGGCCCGAGGCGCGACCCCUGCGGGCCGUUUUCCCGCCCCUCUGCCGCGCCGUCCGCUCCGGCAACGUGCUCCGGUUCCAGGCGCACCUGGCCCACCACGAGGCCUGGCUGUUCGAAAGGGGCCUCCUCCUCGCGCUCGCGUACCGCCUGCGCCCGCUGCUCUGGCGCUCGCUGGCCCGCAAGACGUUUCUGCUGACGUACGUGCCCCCCGCGGACGCGACGUCCCGCAAGGCGGCGACGCUGGACAUUGCGCAUCUGCACAGCGUGGCCGUCUACCUCCAGCGCAGGCUGGAAGGCUGGCUCCCUGCCCAUCCGCCGCACGCGGCGCGUGGCGCCCGACCGUCUUCCCAGGCCAACCCGCUGCUCAGGAAGGCCGUGGCCAACAGCGUGCAGGAGCCGCCCGGGACGACGCUCGCGCCGCCUCCGGGCGGGCCCAAGAAGCUGCGCCCGAACGAGGGCCUGGUUUGGGGCAACGCGGAAAUCACCCUGGAGGACGUCGAGAUGGUUGUGGCGACGCUGGUGCAGCAAGGCCUGAUGCAUGGCUUUGUGGCUCACGGCCAGGCGCGGUUCGCCAUCAUCGGCGCCAAGGCCAAGGGACCCGUGGUCGCCGGCUGGCCGGUUGUCUGGCAGGCGAUCCAGGAGAGGAGGUACGAAGAAGAGUUUGACAUGGACCACGUGCCUGGGUGGGUAAAGGGGUGA